AUGCCUCAUUCCAUCACCGUCAAGCAGAUCGAGGGGAAACCCGGCAAAGUUUACUACCCCCUCCAAAUCAAUGAAGUCUCUAAGCCGUCCCCGGGUCCAAAAGACGUCCUGGUCCGGCUGACAGCCGCGGCCCUCAAUCAUCGCGACCUCUUCAUCCGGCGUCACCUCUACCCGGGCAUCUCAUUCGACCAUACGUUUCUCGCCGACGGCUACGGUAUUGUCGUCGAGGUUGGCAAGGACGCGAACAAGGACCUCCUGAGGAAGGCCGUCCUCAUCACGCCAUGCCGCGGCUGGGCUUCCAGCCCCGACGGGCCCGAAGACAUACGCAAAUUCAGUGUCAUUGGGGCCACGAAGACCUACCCCGAUGGUACCGCGCAAGACUAUCUCGCUCUUCCCGAGACCGAGGUUGAGCUAGCCCCGGAGCAUCUCACGCCCGCCGAGGGCGCGGCCCUUCCCCUCGUCGGACUGACUGCAUGGCGCGCGUUAGUGACCAAGAGCGGGAACGCCGAGAAGGGCAGGAACAUUCUUGUCACCGGCAUCGGCGGCGGUGUGGCGCUCCAGGCUCUGCAGUUUGCGGUCGCGUUUGGCUGCAAUGUCUACGUGACGUCGGGCGACGAAGCCAAGCUCGAGAAGGCCAAGAAGCUCGGCGCCGCCGGGGGUGCGAACUACAACAAGGACGGAUGGGAAAAGAACCUCCAGGCCCAGCUCCCCGACUCGCGGCCGUACCUCGACGCCGUGAUCGAUGGCGCCGGCGGCGAUAUCGUCGCCAAGGCGGUCAAGCUGCUCAAGCCGGGUGGUGUCAUCAGCCAGUACGGCAUGACAGUGUCGCCGCAGAUGGACUGGCUAAUGCAGGCGGUACUCAAGAACGUCGACCUCAAGGGGACGACCAUGGGGUCGCGGGAAGAGUUUAGAGACAUGGUCGCCUUUGUGAGGGACAAGAAGAUCAGGCCGGUUGUCAGCCGCACUGUCAAUGGGUUGGCGAAUCUGGAGGGCAUUGAUGGGCUCUUCAAGGACAUGGAGGCCGGCAAGCAGUUUGGCAAACUCGUCAUCGUGUUUGGGGAGACUCAGACUUCUCCCAAGCUGUGA